CUUUAGUAUUUAUUGUGAGGUCCAUAAUACACAAGAAGAACAAAGAAGAAGAGAAGUACUUCAUGAUCCCGUGAGAGAAUUUCACUGGUUAAAUCAGCAGCAUUUCACUGGUUAAAUCAGCAGCAUUCUCCUUAUCUUCAGGAACAAGGAAGCUAGUCAAGACUAAUUACAAAGCUUUCGUCUUUGGGCUGCAUUACUGCCACAAACGGGUUCUGUCCGCUUUUGGUAUCACUAAUAUUUCAAGUUUGAAUUGAUAUCGAACAUUAUUGCCUGUUGAACGAAUCGACAGAGUCAUUUUGUUAAUAAAUCAUUCUUCUCACUGAGGGGUGGGGUUUCUACGUUUUCACCCUUGAUCAUUUGAGGACGUUGUUCUUGGUCAUUUGGUUGCACGAGCCGGAGCAUUCGUAGUUGUUGUCACAAAAACAUUCCGAUCAUUCCUGGCGUUCCUUCCUCUCUACCUGCCCGACAGGUGUAGUCAGCUGGCGGAUCAGAAGAGACGCUUCUCACCGCAGACCUGCGUCGUCACCUAUGGAUGAAAGGCUGCGCAGAGCCUGUCCCUGCCUGGAAAAGUUAUGGCAGAGGAUUUUCGGUGACAAAAAGUCUUCACCUGCUGCGGGAGCAGCAGGGAGAACAGGGGCUGAUAAUGCCGCAUACAACGACGAUGUGGAGGCCCAGAGUCCGGUGUCAACACCACCGCAGGCGGAGGAAAAACUGUCCGAGAGUGGAGCCAUAUACACGGCCGUGUGGUCGUUUGAGGCCCGGCACCAGGAUGAGCUGUCCUUCCAGGAGGGGGACAUUUUUAGUGUAUUCGACCGCAACGGAGACUGGUGUACGGCCCAGAAGAUCGACAACAACGGACGGGUCCUGGACACUGGGAUCGUGCCGAUCUACUACCUGUCCAAAGCCGAGUCCCUCAGAACACAGCCAUGGUUUUUUGGGUUCAUGAGCCGCUUUGAGGCCCAGCGUCAACUGCUGGGAGCAGAGAAUGAAGACGGAUCCUUCCUGAUCAGACAGAGUGAAAAAGACAACUGUGGAUAUGUUCUUUCAGUGAGGUCGAGUAAUCUAGUGAAACAUUUUAAAAUCCUCCAAAGUGCCAGCGGUAAUUAUUACGUGGAGCCUUAUCGUCAGUUCAGCUCUCUGGUCGACCUGGUGGCGCACUACUGCAACAACACUCUCAUCAACACAGGACGACUCUCCAGCCACUGCAAGAGGAAAAAGCCCAACACCUCAGACUUGAACCAUUUCACAGUUGACCAGUGGGAGCUUCCAAAAGAGGAGUUCACCCUGCAGGAGGAGCUGGGCAGGGGCUACUUUGCCGAUGUCUACAAGGGGCGCUGGAAAAACCACAUCAGCGUGGCCAUCAAGAUCCUUAAAAAUGACUCGGAAUUGGACCAUAGUGAGUUCCACAGAGAAGUGCAGAUCCUAAAGAACCUCCGGCACCGUCACCUCAUCAAGCUGUAUGCUGUGUGCACGAAUUCUGUGCCUUACUACAUCGUCACUGAGCUGAUGGAGAAGGGCAGCCUGCUGGAGUUCCUCAGAGGUACAGAGGGCCAACAAUUGGACACAGCAUCACUCGUCGACAUGGCUGCCCAGGUGGCUGAUGGGAUGUCGUACCUGGAAGAGCAGAAAAGCAUCCACAGAGACCUGGCAGCUCGAAACGUGCUGGUGAGCGGUGACUACAUCUGUAAAGUUGCCGAUUUUGGACUGGCCAGAGUGAUCAAGGACCCAUUUUACAUCUCUGCAGCUCAAAAUAUUCCUUACAAGUGGACGUCACCAGAGGCCAUCAGCCACGGAAUGUACUCCAUCAUGUCUGACGUCUGGUCUUUUGGCAUCCUGCUCUUUGAGAUCAUCACCUACGGAGGCAUUCCUUACCCAGCCCUCAGCAACAUGGAGGUUUGGGAGCAGGUGGAGCAGGGAUACAGGAUGCCAGCGCCGGCAUCUUGCCCCGAAAAACUUUAUCAAAUAAUGCUGCAGUGUUGGAGCGCCAACCCGGACGACAGACCACAUUUCAAAACCCUCAAAGUCAAGCUGGACAGCGAGAUGGCGUGAGAGCGACUCCUUCUGACUUCUUAGUUACUGCUGACCGCCACAAAGGGGCAGUAGAGGGUCUGAUACUGUGCCACAUGUCAUUCUCUACCAAGGACUUGCUUCAAACAUAAAAACCAAAGACAAACUUGGUACAGAUCGAUGGUUUUACCUUUGACAUGAAUUCAGUUAUUUUUCCACAAUGACUUUGUUUUCAUUCGAAGAUUAUUUUACCCAAAACUGAGAUUAUUAAAUAAAUACAUUAUAAAACA